CUGGAUGGCAAAGCUUAUUGAUUCGAUGAUGUGGAUGAGUCUUUGGUCGACUCUCUUGCUGCUGCCCCUUGUGGCAGCUGGAGCCGCUGUCAGAGUCCGCACCCAGCUGUACCGCGUGCCCCUGCAUCGCUUUCCCACCGCUCGGCAGCGCUUUGUGCAGUUUGGCAUCCGCAUGGAUCGUUUGCGGCUCAAGUACAGCGGCUUGGGCGCUAAAAGUGGACUGAGAGGCGGCUGGGAGGUGAGAAGCGAGCCGCUGAGCAACUAUCUGGACGCACAGUACUUCGGGCCCAUCACCAUCGGCAGUCCGCCGCAGACCUUCAAGGUGAUCUUCGACACUGGAUCCUCCAAUCUGUGGGUGCCCUCCACCAGCUGUGCACCUGCCAUGGUGGCCUGCAUGGUGCACAGUCGCUACGAUGCGCUCCAGUCGAGCAGCUAUCGCCGCAACGGAGGCCACUUUGCCAUCCACUACGGCAGUGGCAGUCUGGCUGGGUUCCUCUCCAGCGACACGGUGCGCGUGGCAGGACUGGAGAUUCUCAAUCAGACAUUCGCAGAGGUCACCAUAAUGCCGGGACCCAUCUUUCUGGCAGCCAAAUUCGAUGGCAUCUUCGGCCUGGCCUACCGCAGCAUCUCCAUGCAGGGCGUGAAGCCUCCCUUCUACGCCAUCAUGGAGCAGAAGCUGCUGAGCAUUCCCGUGUUUAGUGUGUACCUCAACAGGCAGAAGGAGGACAAGGAGGGCGGUGCACUGUUCUUCGGGGGAUCCAAUCCGAAGUACUAUCGGGGCAACUUCACCUACGUGCCGGUCAGCCAUCGCGCCUACUGGCAGGUGCUCAUGGAGGCGGCCAACAUCAAGGAUCUGCGACUCUGCCAGCACGGCUGCGAGGUGAUCAUCGAUACGGGCACCUCCUUCCUGGCGCUGCCCUACGAGCAGGCGAUACUCAUCAACGAAUCGAUUGGCGGCACACCCACCGAGUACGGGCAGUAUUCGGUGCCCUGCGACAAGGUGCCGCAGCUGCCACGCCUCACCCUGCGCAUCGGCAGUCGUCAGUUCUCGCUGGAUGGCAGCGACUACAUCUAUCGCGACAUCUAUGAGGAUCGCGAGAUGUGCUUCUCGGCGCUCAUCGGCGUGGAUCUGCCCUCGCCCAGUGGCUCCCUCUGGAUACUCGGCGAUGUCUUUCUGGGCAAAUAUUACACGGAGUUCGACAUGGGCAACCAUCGGAUUGGCUUUGCCGAUGCCAAGCACUAAGGCAGC